UAGAACUGUCUUGCAUCGUGGUUGUACGCGUUCGCCGUUGCUGCGUAACGCAUUCAUAAAUACGCGAUAGAAUUUAAAAUAACUUGUUGUGUUUCAAAAAGAUGCCUUUUAUUUCAAAAGACUGGCGUUCACCGGGAGAGGAAUGGGUGAAAACACAAGAAGGAUGGGAAAAGAAGAAAGUGUUGGAGUGCACAGCGCAAAGAUACGGUGAUAUAACUAACUUAAAUAACCCGGAAGAAAACCAACAGAAAUGGUCCGGUGAUGGAGAAGAGGGAGACAAGAGUACAAAUGAAGCUGUAUCUAGGAUACCACCGCACUGUCAUAUCACGAUUAAAUGUACUCGAGAAAUCGCAGGUUUCAAUGGCCUAUCCGAAGCCGUCCGUCGUCUAGACUUCUCCUCGGCCGUCCGCGAUGUUCGCCGCUUCAAUUACAUAUGCGCUUUGUUGGAGCUAUUGCUUCACGGGCAACGACUGACUCACCUGCCCGGGGCUGCUCAGAAACUCUUGCUGUCUAUGCUGGAGCAGUUAGCCGAUCAGGUGGCGCAGUCGCAACAAAACCUGAACGCUCUCCGCGCUCUGCUGAGCGGGGUGAGUGCGCUGCGCGAGGCCGAGCGGCGGUCGUGCUGGGGCCGGCCGCUCGGCUCUAGGGCGCUGUGGGGACACCACGACCACGCCAUAGCCAGGAUCCAUCACAUCGCCAGUGCCAUACGUAUACAAGAGCCCGGACCCGAGGUUGUGCCGAAACUUCACGAUCUACCAGAGGAAUGCAUUCGGGACAUCCUGUUGAGGUUAGCGGAUCACAGGGAUUUAGAUGCAGCGUCGUCAGCAUGGAGCGUUAUGUCGUCAGUAUGCUCGGAGCAGAGGAUCUGGCGUGAACUGGUCAGCUUUCACUUCACGAACCAACAGAUCGAUGCGGCCGUCGCCAAGAUCAAGGAGGACGAUAAAGAAGUCGAGUGGAAGAAGAUCUUCCAUCACCUCAGGAAACUGUACGGGCUGCGCGAGGAGGCGCAGUUCGCGGAGACGCUGUCCCUGUGCCGCCACUGCCGCUGCCUUUUCUGGCGCUCGCUCGGACACCCCUGCAUUGCCGACCAGUGCCCUGAAUACCGCGAGCGCCUCAGAGAAGCUGGAGGACCGUUGCCCCCCUCUCCCGUACCUCCCGCAGCGUUCCUCAAAUUCUUCUCGCUCUAAGAACUUAGAGAUUAAGAGGUAAACGAAAUCACGAUUUAAUUCAUAAAAUACAAUUCAAGAGUAUAAAGUGAAAUAUUGUUAUUCUAUACGUACAUACAUACAUACAUAAUAUAUGUACAUUCAUAAUCACCCCUUAAUAAUUUAAAUUGUAAGAACCAUGGUUGAAAGGUUAGAAGGCUUAAUUUAUACAUAUCGACGCUUGAAAGGCAAACGUGACUAAGCGACAAUAACUGCUUUAUACAUAAAUGAUAGGCAAUGACCAUAUUCGAUGCGCAAAAAAU